UCUCGGAACAUGACGCAUGUAGUCAGAUGGAGUCUCACAAAUAAACAAACAGCGCGCUUGUAGCUGGAGCAAGAGGUCGUGAUUAAUGGUUCUCUCCAUCAUGCUGGUGCUGGAGGGCUGGUUUCAGUUUACAUGUAUGUGAGCUCCACUGGCCUGCUGGGAUGAACAUGCCACUGCAUCAGAUCUCUGUCAUCCCCCGGGAUGUCACUUCUUCCAGGGGGUGUGGCAGCAGUGGGAAGGCCAAGGACAAGGACCGCGACAAACAGAAUGAGAAGCCACUUGGUCAUUCUGCAAGCAGGUCCAGCAACAUUUCAAAGGCAGGAAGCCCGACCUCUGUAAAUGCCCCGUGCAGGUUCUCACGGACAUCUGUGACUCCUUCAAACCAGGACAUCUGCAGUUUUAAUGGUGGUGCUCCUGCCCAAGAGCAGGUUUCUCAGGAACCUAAGCAGACUGCUGUGGUGCUUCUCAACUCCAAUAAUAAACCCUCAGCAUCGCAGAGCUUCACUAUGACAACUUUUUGUGUGGAGUCGCCUACCAAACCCAAAAAUAAAUCUGUUUUUGGAUCGGAGUGGCUAUCUCUACUUAAGCCCUCGGUCAACCUUAAGCCUGACACUGGCACACUCAAGUUCUCCAAGUCUCUGAAUGACGUGGGCCGGAAGAUGGAUGGGCUGUCUGAUUUCGCCGAACGCACAUGCUCUGAUGGUGAUCUGCGCUCUGAGGCGAAUGAGGACACUGAUUGUGGGCAGAGCACCAAAGCUCUCGCUGUCAAACUGACUCACUUGCCUCUUCUCUGCCACCAUCCCUCCCAGCAGCCAUCUUUCUCUAAAUGCUGUGGUUAUGGAAGUAUCCACCCCGCAGAUAUGCAGAAGAGCUCCAAUCUGUUGCACUUCUUCUUUCCUUUCCCACGCUCCCCUACAGCAGGCAGCAUUCCACUGGCCAAGCCAUCCGGCGCCUUGCUGGAGGCAAGUGAGGCCUGCAGCGAGGACAUAGGUGAUGAUGAUGUAUUUGAGGAAGACUUCUCCGUCUGGAGGUCCAAAAACGAGGAGCAGCGUGCACCUCUCUGCUCCAUGGAUGAGGACGGAGACCUGGACCACUGCUCAUCACCUGUGAUGCAGAAAACAGCUCCGCUCUCACCAUACUCUCAGACGGGGGACUGCUGCAGGAUCUGUCAUUGCGAGGGGGAUGAGGACAGCCAACUGAUCACGCCAUGCCACUGCACAGGCAGCCUGUGCUUUGUGCACCAGAAUUGUCUGCAGCAGUGGAUCAAGAGCUCUGACACCCGCUGCUGUGAACUCUGCAAGUUCGAAUUCAUCAUGGAAACCAAAGUAAAGCCUUUGCGCAAGUGGGAGAAGCUGCAGAUGACUGCCAGUGAAAGGAGGAAGAUCAUGUGCUCUGUCACUUUUCAUGUCAUUGCCAUCACAUGCGUGGUCUGGUCACUGUAUGUCCUAAUCGACCGCACUGCAGAGGAGAUCAAACAAGCCGGGAGAAUUCCAGAAACAAUAAAGCUGUACUUUGGUUUAACUUUCAGAGCCUUCAAAAGCAGGAUUCUGGAAUGGCCGUUUUGGACCAAGCUUGUAGUGGUGGCCAUCGGCUUUACUGGAGGACUGGUUUUUAUGUAUGUGCAAUGUAAAGUCUAUAUCCAGCUGUGGAAGAAACUGAAAGCCUACAACAGAGAGAUAUUUGUGCAAAAUCGACCAGAGACAUGUAAAAAAACAAUUUUCGAUAAGCCUGCACUUAUGGAGCCUAACAUGGAAAAUAAGGAGCUGUUUGGACCAGCGCUGUCAGACACAAACUCUUCACAGUACACAGAGACUGAGGAUUACAGCAUGGAGAUACUACACGUGUGAACAGCGUAUUACAGUCCAGUUUCAUGGGACCAGAGGAUGCUUUGCUUCCUGUCAGUUGACAGGAGGGCAUCACAGAGCACUGAUAGAGACAGAACUUCUUCUGUUGUUUAGGUGUUCUUUGUUUGGACUUUGUUUCUGUUCCUGUAAGUUGUUGGCUAGCCAUUACAAGUCGGUGUGCACCAGAUCCAACUACUGCCAUUGUAUUGCUCAUGUAUGAGAUGUAAACCACACCACUUAAGCUGUGUGAUUUGCACUCACCAUCUGUGUGAGUAUGCGUCUGUGCUGGGUCAAACUGAGACCUUUACAAUGCAUUUAAGCACUUUUAGAUCCUGCUUCGAAGACUUUCCUCUUUUAAUACCCACAGACUUCUUAAUACUAUCAGGAAUAAGGUUAAAAACUAAAAACAAGCUUGAAAUUUACUCACUCUUUAUAUGGUCUUUGUACUCCCAUACAACCUUUGGAUGAACGAAAUGGAAGUUUGUGAAGUUAUGAGGGAAAUCAUUAGUUACCAUACCUUGCUAAAAAGAUUUUAGUGUUUGAUCAUUUUGGUGAUUUUAUAGAUUUUUGACAUGUUUUGUUUAAUAUGUAAUUUAUUUGAAAUAAAUGGAUGUUCGAUUGUCAAGGGCUAGAUUCACUUAAGCCUUUGCACAGUCUUAGCUCUAGCAUGCUCAUUAACUCACUGUAACUUGUGACAGGUCCAUAUAAAAUACACUGACCUGGCAUUAGCCAUGCUGCUGGUUUUGUCAAGCCCACAGAGUCUAGGAAAUAAAAGCAAUUCUUUAUUCUUUAAUACAUUAUUUAUGCAUUUUCCCUUUUCUCCCAAUAUAGUUGUCUAGAGCAGUGGUACCUCAGCGGGUAAUGUACUGGACUAGUAAUCAUGAGGUUGCCCGUUUAAUCCCCACCAUCACCACUGUUGUUCCCCUGAGCAAGACCCUUAACCCUCAAUUUCUUCAAUUGUAUUCAGUGAUAACUGUAAGUCGCGUUGAAUAAAAACAUUUGCUAAAUGCCACAAAUGUAAACAAAGUUUCCUCCUUAUCUGCAGACACCUACUCUGACCAAGGAGAGUCAAGGAAGGUCCCAACUGCUUUUUUCACCUGCCAGACACUGGUCCAAACAAGAAGCAGUAUCAAGUAUAAAGGGUCACUCACUGUUUCCCAUCUCUGAGCAGGUGCCUUCCAACAGCCAAUAGACACCGCAGUUGCAGCAUUAACAAGGAUUUCUGUCCAUUGUCCUGACAGACAUAGCCAAUGGUGUCUGUGUAGGAGCCUGGCCGAUUUGAUCUCUGAUCUCAAGAGUAGUGGGACAGUGCAUUGGA